AUGCCUCAUUUACACAGCGCAUUGUACAGCUCUGGUACAGAAUACAUGCCUCAUUUACACAGCACAUUGUAUAGCUCUGGUACAGACUACAUGCCUCAUUUACACAGCCCAUUGUAUAGCUCUGGGGCAGACUACAUGCCUCAUUUACACAGCCCAUUGUACAGCUCUGGUACAGACUACAUGCCUCAUUUACACAGCCCAUUGUACAGCUCUGGGGCAGACUACAUGCCUCAUUUACACAGCCCAUUGUACAGCUCUGAGGCAGACUACAUGCCUCAUUUACACAGCCCAUUGUACAGCUCUGGUGCAGACUACAUGCCUCAUUUACACAGCCCAUUGUACAGCUCUGGGGCAGACUACAUGCCUCAUUUACACAGCCCAUUGUACAGCUCUGAGGCAGACUACAUGCCUCAUUUACACAGCCCAUUGUACAGCUCUGGUGCAGACUACAUGCCUCAUUUACACAGCCCAUUGUAUAGCUCUGGUGCAGACUACAUGCCUCAUUUACACAGCCCAUUGUACAGCUCUGGUGCAGACUACAUGCCUCAUUUACACAGCCCAUUGUAUAGCUCUGAGGCAGACUACAUGCCUCAUUUACACAGCCCAUUGUAUAGCUCUGGGGCAGACUACAUGCCUCAUUUACACAGCCCAUUGUAUAGCUCUGGGGCAGACUACAUGCCUCAUUUACACAGCCCAUUGUAUAGCUCUGGGGCAGACUACAUGCCUCAUUUACACAGCCCAUUGUACAGCUCUGGGGCAGACUACAUGCCUCAUUUACACAGCCCAUUGUAUAGCUCUGGGGUAGACUACAUGUCUCAUUUACACAGCCCAUUGUACAGCUCUGGUGCAGACUACAUGCCUCAUUUACACAGCCCAUUGUAUAGCUCUGGGGUAGACUACAUGCCUCAUUUACACAGCCCAUUGUAUAGCUCUGGGGCAGACUACAUGCCAGAUUUACACAGCCCAUCAUAUAGCUCUGGGGCAGACUACAUGCCUCAUUUACACAGCCCAUUGUAUAGCUCUGGGGCAGACUACAUGCCUCAUUUACACAGCCCAUUGUACAGCUCUGGUGCAGACUACAUGCCUCAUUUACACAGCCCAUUGUACAGCUCUGGUGCAGACUACAUGCCUUAUUUACACAGCCCAUUGUAUAGCUCUGGGGUAGACUACAUGCCUCAUUUACACAGCCCAUUGUAUAGCUCUGGGGCAGACUACAUGCCUCAUUUACACAGCCCAUUGUAUAGCUCUGGUGCAGACUACAUGCCUCAUUUACACAGCCCAUUGUACAGCUCUGGUACAGACUACAUGCCUCAUUUACACAGCCCAUUGUACAGCUCUGGUGCAGACUACAUGCCUCAUUUACACUGGCUGUGUCUGCACACUGCUGUCUUUGCAUGCAUCAUUAUCCAGCAGACCACUUCAGCGCUACUUGUUGGAGGGGUCAUACCACUGUUGUAG